CCCAAAUCCCAAAUCCUGCCUGCACAGCCCCAGCUGCCCCAGAGCCGUGGGGAAGGGACGGUGUGGAGAGCUCUGACCCCCAGCAGGUCUUGUUGCCUCUCUGUGUCCCCCUGGAGACACCUCAGCGGGAGGAUGAGCUCUUGUGCGUGCUGGAUUCCUGCUGUCACCUCACUUGGCACCUUGGUGCUCCACGCUCUGCUCUUGCUGGUCCUUUACAUCAUGCUCAGCAGGAAAAUUGCCCAACAUUCCCGUGGGAGCAGCAGCCCUGGGGAUCAUCCCAGGGCUCAGCCCAGCCCAGCCCCGGCCUCGUCACCAGCAGGGGACAGGACACAAAAUCCCAGAGCACAAAACCCAUCACCAGCCUAUGAAGGGAGCAGUGACACAUCUUCAGACACCUCAGAGGACUCGGACAGCCCUUCCUGCCCUCAGGGCCCUGGCUCAGAGGGAAUCCAUUACACAUCCCUGGUGUUCCCAGGGAAAGGCCACGAGCCAGGCUCUGCCCAGGACUACAAGAACGUGAAGUCUGGGAUGGAUUACGUCAACGUGGACCCAAAGAAGAGGAAAAUACAUUUCUGUCCAUUCUCCAGCCCCGAGGGAUCCAAGGGCAUGGAGUACACUGAGGUGAAGCCGUGACACCUGGGUGAAGCCGUGACACCUGGGUGAAGCCGUGACACCUGGGUGAAGCCGUGACACCGAGGUGAAGCUGUGACACCCGGAUGAAGCUGUGACACCGAGGUGAAGCGGUGACACCAGGAUAAAGCCAUCACACCAGGGUGAAGCUGUGACACCAGGGUGAAGCUGUGACACCAGGGUGAAGCUGUGACACCAGGAUGAAUCCAUCACACCAGGGUGAAGCCAUCACACCUGGGUGAAGCUGUGACACCAGGGUGACUCCAUCACACCAGGAUGGAUCCAUCACACCAGGGUAGAUCCAUCACACCAGGGUGACUCCAUCACACCAGGGUGGAUCCAUCACACCAGGGUGAAGCCAUCACACCUGGGUGAAGCUGUGACACCAGGGUGAAGCUGUGACACUGAGGUGAAGCCAUCACACCAGGGUGAAGCUGUGACACCAGGAUGAAGCCAUCACACCAGGGUGGAUCCAUCACACCAGGGUGGAUCCAUCACACCAGGGUGGAUCCAUCACACCAGGGUGGAUCCAUCACACCAGGAUGAAGCCAUCACACCAGGGUGGAUCCAUCACACCAGGGUGAAGCCAUCACACCAGGGUGAAGCUGCUCAGAGGUGCCCAGAGCCCCCAGCAGCUGCACAGCUCUGUGCCCUUCCCUUGGGCACCGCCUGGCACGGCCUGCACCGCUUGUACCACAGUUUCCUUGGCAUUUCCCUUAAAGGCAGCUCUGUUCCCGAGGGCUGCGGGGUGGGGCAGGGGAGGGCCCCUCUCAGCCAGCCUGGCAUCAGCUCUCCACUUUUGUGUCAUGGCCUUUGCCCCCUGUUUUCAUGAAAACAAAAGAAAAUCCUCCCCUCGCCUCUCAGAAUGGGCAGUUCAGGGAGGGAGAUGCAGUGAUCCUCAAAAUCUCCUCUGAACUAGCUGGCAGCUCUUCUCAGUGAUGUUGUUUUGCUCAUCAACCUCAUAAAAUCCUUUUAAAUACAGUUUUCCCACUGGAUUUUCCCUCUCCCUGUCUCCCACCUUUUGUUUUCCGUGUUUUUUCCCCGCUCCAGGUGCUGGGCUCGGUCUCUCCCCACCUGGGCCAUCCCCCUGCUCCUCACUUUUCAGAAUUUUCAAGAAAUAAACUUCCAAAGUGCCUGGGAACGGGAAUAGUGCCCCAGUGGGAGCUUUGUGAGGGGGAUGGAGCCGCUGCCUCCCGGCACAGCCCCCCUUCCUCGGGGCUGGAGCUGCCCCAAGUGCGUUUUAAACGGGCUCAGAAAAGCUGGGUUUAAUGAAAGGUUGUGAGAUGAUUGAUUUGGGAUCGAUCAGUGGCAGGAGGAGCCAGGCACUCCUGGUUUCUUGCAUGACCUUGUGGUGCAGAUCUGGCCCAACUCCAAGGGCACAGGAAGGAAAAUGUUCCAAAAACCCCAACAAUUCCUGGGUAAUGCUGGAAAACCCAGGAGAGGUGUGAAUAAAGAACUGGAGGUGAGGCAAAAACCAGUGAGUGGAAGCUUUUGAGAAUUCUGAUUCAAAUGC